UCCGGUUAGGAUACCUGGCUUUCACCCAGGCGACCCGGGUUCAAAUCCCGGCAAUGGAAUUUUUUCUUGCUUUUGUUGGUUCCCUUUCUACAUAAGUCUUUUUGUUGCAUGUAUUCGCCUCUUCAAUAAACCCCAGUAUAGGGUUUAAACAGAAAAAGGAGAUGAGUGGAGCAGGAGCACCAGAUUUCUUCUACAGGGAAGCUCAACGUCUUGGUUAUGUAGCUCGUUCUGCAUUCAAGCUUCUUCAGAUACAAAAGCAACACAAGUUGAUAACUCCUGGCUCCUCUGUUCUUGAUCUUGGUUGUGCUCCUGGUGCUUGGCUUCAGGUUGCUUGCCAGAGCUUGGGACCACUGAAGAAUGGUGGGUCUGUUGUGGGUAUUGAUCUUAAGAAGGUGAAGGUUCCUAAUCCAUACUGUGAUGCAAGGGUUAAAACUGUUUGUGCUGAUGUCAUGAAUCUUCCCAGAGACCAAGUUAGAGCACUCUCUCUUCAGAAAGGGUUUUCUGUGGUACUCUCUGAUAUGUGUCCCCCUGUUUCUGGAAUCACAACUAAAGAUGCAGCUUUGUCUAUGGAGUUAGGGAUGCAAGCACUUGAUAUUGCAAUUGGUGGAGCAGCAUCAGCUCAUCCUGAUGAUGAGAACCAAAAUGAUGACUCUACUUCUGGUGAAAAUGAUAAUGGUGUCUUGCAAGCUGGGGGCCACCUAGUAAUUAAGCUUUUAGAGAGCGAGGAUAUCCAAGAGUUUACCAGGAUUUGCAAGCCACUUUUCAGGAAGGCAUCAUGGUUGAGGCCUAAGGCUACAAGAUCCUCAUCAAGAGAGAUUUAUUUGAUUUGCCAAGGGCUGAAAUAGACGGGUUUUUAAAAUUUUGUUGAGGGGCUUGUUUGACAACAAAUUUAACAGUAACAACAAGUUUCUCAUUGCACAUUCUUGCCCUUUGUGCACAAAAUAUCACAAUGCUAAAAAUUUGCAGCUUUUGUUUUGUUUAGUCUAAGAAAAAUGAUUGUAAUCCAAAAGGGUGGAAGAGAACAAUAUUCUUAGAACAAAAUUCCUUUUCCUUUA